GAGGAAUACUUAUUUUUUCGCGCUACACGAGGCGAGACAUCCUGGGUGUCUCAUAUGAUAAGCCUUGUGUUCCGCUCUGAAGAUCAGUGAAUCAUGUAUCUGAUUGGCUGACAUUUUGGAUUAGUUUGAAAAUGAACAUUUCUCGAGAUUUGUUUAUUAUUUUUCUUUACCUCUUCCUCGAUGUUGUAACUGUAAGUUUAAUUUUUCCAUGGCUGCCUUCUCUUCUAGAGGCGUUUGAGCAGGAACAGGAAUGGUUUUAUAUUUUGUGUAGGCGGUACAUCCAACAGCUUGGUUUGAUACUGGGGGUUCAAGAAAACUCCCUAUGGGAUACAGUUUUCCUUGGAGGUAUUCUAUCGUCAUCUUCGUCAUUGGCACAAUUUCUUUCAUCACCCUUUGCAGGCGCUUUGUCGGACCUUUUUGGAAGAAAGUCAGUUUUAGUAGUGCUUCAGGUUUUUCUUCUGCUCGUUAAUAUCCUUUGGUUAUGCUUUGGUAAAUCAUUUUUAUGGUUACUGAUAUCUCGUAUACUAUGUGGUGCUGCACGAGCAAAUGUUGGUGUUAUUUCAGCACUUGUUAGCGACAUCAGCAGCAAUGCACUACGUACCAAAGGAAUGGCCGUUGUCGGAUUGGCUUAUGGUAUUGGUUUUACUGUAGGACCUCCAUGUUCAGUUAUUCUACUUAGUCGAUGGAACACAUCUAUAACACCAGAACACUUGAGCUUUGUACUUGGUUGCACUUGUGUAUUCAUUAACUGCAUAAAUCUACUAAUUUUACUCCUUAUUCUUCCAACUCCACUGCAAAAGCGUGGCGAUUUCAAUCAGUCACUAACUCAAGCGCUUCACCUUGUUAAUCCAGUGAAGUUAUUCUCUUUCUCCGGUACAACAAGAAAUCCUAGAGAUGACAGGUCAUUACAUCGCUUAGCAUGUUUCUGGUUCGCUUAUUUGUGCGUAUUCUGUGGUAUAGAAUAUACGCUAAUAUUCUUAGCUCGAGUGCGGUUUAAUUUCACAAGUGCAGAUCAAAGCAAAAUGUUUGGUUUUGUUGGCAUACUGAUGAUGGUAGUUCAAGGUGGGUUCAUCCGUCGUUUUAGACUUGGUGGAGAAGAUAAUGCAAUUACUUAUGGUAUAUGUUCUCUUAUUCUGGCAUCCAGCAUUUUCAGUUUGUCUACAAGUCUCUUCAUGUUCUAUAUUGGACUAGCGUCAUAUGCAUUUGCUUCUUCCAUUUUCUUCCCAAGCGUGAAUGGCUUAGUUUCUCUGUAUACUACUACUGAACAACAAGGACAUACUUUGGGAAUUUUUCGUUCAUUGAAUGCAUUGGCUCGUGUACUUGGUGCAGCAUUCGUGACCAUUGCUUUCUGGAUCUUUGGACCAAGUAUCUGCUACCUGAUUUGUGCCUUUUUCUUAGCUUUGUUGUUCAUUCAUAAGAAGACAAUUUGGAAGAUAUAUCCACUCUCACAAGAAUACACGAAGUUGAAGAAAUGAGCUGAUGAUCAGUUCCGUCUCUUUAAUUUAACCCCAGUCUCUAAACUACUUACCUCACGUAUUUCAGUACCCGUAUUUCUAAUUGCUUUAAAACUUUGUGUACUUUAAGUCUAAUCUUGAAGAUUAAGCCAACGAAUGACAUUCAGAUGAAAAACUUUUUAAACAACGUAUUUACCGAUAAGACCAUUUUUAUAAAGUGACUCUUCCUCGAUUCAUUUAAAAAUAUCUUAAUUAUUCUGACUUCACUGGAUUGAUUAGUUAAAUGUACUGAAUUCUUUGCAAUGUGUCAGGUAUGCAGUUCGCAGUAUUCGACAUAAUUACAUUUGCAGGUCACUGAAACUCGACAAAAGCUGAAGCGAGAUAUUUUUCGGUGGAUAACUCAAACUUCUUUCAAAUGUACAGGACAUGGUCAAAGAAAGUGAUAACCCCAAAAACUAACUUAUAUAAAGAACUCAAUUUUCAAUUUCGUGAGAUGGUACAAGAUUCGCAUUCGAUAUAUGGGGCUGUUUAAGCUACUACGCUGUUGACCACAACGGAGUAGGUGGUGCAGGAUACGGGCCUGAAACUCUUUGGCUAGAAUUUGAGUACCUAAAUCAAUAAGCCACAUGAUUUGAUACAUGUUAGACUUUCAAAGAGAAUCCAAAACUCUUGAAACAAAUAAAUAAAAGAGCUCUACUCCUAAAAACCGUGCGGGUAUCUUGAUGAAACUGUAGAAAAUAUUAUUUUGUUUCCAGUUAAAGAAUGAUAAUUACAGAACACAGCAACGAGUUUAUUA